AUGCAUGAACCAGAUUGCAAUGCUACGCAUCAUAGUCGAGCAGUCCUUGGAGUGCACUUCUCUUCCGCAGCCAGCAGCAGAUGCCAGAGAAGAUCAGUGUGUUGGCAGCUACAUCAGCUGGAGAAGACCAAGAUCCUUAAGAUCCUUAAGACCAACUUCAGCAAAAUCAAUUCAAUCCCCGUGAAUGGAAGUCUCCUGGAGGAAGUACAGUUCAUCACCUACCUGGGCAGCAUCAUCGACCAGCAAGGUGGAACAGAUGCAGAUGUCAAGGCAAGGACUGGCAAAGCAAGAGUAGCCUUCAUCCAGCUCAAGAACAUCUGGGUUUCCAGAAAGCUAACAUUGACCACCAAGACCUGA